GGUUGUUGUAGGGACGGUUGUAAACGCGGCUCUAAUAUUAAUGAUGCUCGAGCCGGUGGCUGAGGAGAGUGGCGUCUCGGAUGGAUCCGUUCCUUGCUGUCUCUGAACUUUACGUGCGCUGAUGUGAAGAUGGCAGAGAGAUACGGGAAAAUUCUUACUGAUGCUUAUGUCUCUUGACCUCUGCAUGCUCAAGAUUCUGAUUCUGUCUCCAAGUGCUCAUCCAUUCUCAUCAGUACACCCUAUCCUCGUUAUAUGUGGGGGAUACGUUCCUCGAAGUCGACGCAUAAUGAAUGCUUCAGAGGGCGUCGACUUCUGCUGGGGUCCGAGUUCACAGUUUCUGGCUGCCCUCUGGAAUCUCGCUUAAGGUCUUACGACAUGCAGCUUGAAAGUGAGACAGAAAGUGCUACCACAUGGUUGGAAUGGGUGGAGAUCAUUGAGCCUCGAACUCGAGAGCGUAUGUACGCGAACCUCAUCACUGGAGAAUGUGUCUGGGAUCCACCUUCUGGAGUCCGAAUAAAGCGUACCAAUGAGAAUCAGUGGUGGGAGCUCUUUGAUCCCAACACCUCUAGGUUUUAUUAUUACAAUGCCACCACUCAGAGGACAGUCUGGCACAGGCCUCAGAACUGUGACAUCAUUCCGCUAGCCAAACUGCAGACAUUAAAGCAGAACACUGACUCACCAAGCCGAGCUUCUGCCGACAACAGCCCUGGCCGCAGUAGCAACAUCAGCAGAGAAGGGAGUACCAGCUCCUCACUAGAGCAGGAGCUGGAGGCCGAUCGGACUCAAGAACAAGCACGGCCAAAACAAGCCCAGCAGAUCAUCGGGAAAGAGGAUACGGAGAGGACAUCGCCUCACCGAUGGAUGACAGGCACUAGGGAGCGCAUGUUGAUCAAAGUCACAGACCGGGAACCAAGUUACCUCCUGCAUCAGGGUAAUGGGAAUGUGGAAAACCAGCCCGGAACACGGCCGCGGAGACCCUCGGGCCACCAGCUGCCUCACGCUCACAGCUUUGCGUCAGACAGCGACAACCAGGUCUUCUUCACGGAGCGCAAACCAUCCCCGUACCUGAAGAGGGCUGAGCACAUCGGCGGCUGCUCCCCAGUGCUCGCCAGAGGGGAGCCCUAUCACUCCCCGAUCCAUUAUCAACAUCGCAAGUAUUCCUUUGAAUCCCAGCCCUCGUCUCCUCGCUACGGCUAUGAGCCUCCGCUCUAUGAGGAGCCCCCCGUGGAAUACCAGGCUCCUAUUUACGAUGAGCCCCCUAUGGAGGUACAGUGUGAGGGAAUAAGCUAUAAAGCAGGGUCACCUCAGAAGUCCCCAGUUCGGAAACCGCACCCAAUGCUUCACUCCCCCAAACAAGGCCAGAAUUCCCCCUACCAGCACCUCGUGUUAACAAAGCAGAAAUGUGCAGAGAGAUCUAUGAGCCUAGAGUACAGCCCAGCGGGCAAGGAGCUUGUGAAGCAGCUGGUGUACGUGGAGCAGUCUGGCUCCAGCCCGAAAUUCAAGUCAGGCACAAAACAUCGGUAUUCCCCAAGUGCUGCCUCCACUAUUUCUUACACAUUGCAACAUAGCCCGUCAUUGGGAAGGGACUUCCAGCGGUCAGAGUCAAGAUCGGCUGAUUACAACGGUCUGGAGGAGUCCGAGGCCAGGUUUGUCCACCAGGGUGGCCCACUGAUCCACGAGGACUCGAUGUCAUGGUCCAGCCAGCACGACUCACUGUCCUCAAUGGGUUACUCGCCCAGCACGAGGAAGAGGAAGAGCAGGAAGCCCUCGCUUACGCAGGAGGGGUGCGGCGUGGCAGGGGAGAGCUGCGGCGAGGCGAGCCCAGCACCCGAGCAUCUGCUGGUGGAGGAGAGGCACUCGCCCCUGGAGAAGCCCUCGCCGGGCCAGGCCGAGGGCAAGGGAGCGGAGGUGGAUUCGCUGCGGGGCUACCCGGAUGUGCACACAACCCAGAGCCGCCUCGCACGCGAGGCUCAACAGCUCCACCACGUCAAGCAGCGCAGCAGCUGGGACUCGCAGAAGGAGGUGUCGGGCUACGAGAGUGACGGGGCCCUGCCGCUGCCAAUGCCAGGUCCUGUGGUGCGGGCUUUCAGCGAGGACGAGGCCCUCGCCCAACAGGACAGCAAGCACUGGAAGAGGAACACGUUUGAGAAGCUCGGCUUUCCCCAAGUGCUGUUGGAGAAGAGUGUGUCUGUGCAGACCAACCUGGCUUCACCGGAGCCUUACUUACACCCAUCACAGUCCGAGGAUCUGGGCACUUGCAGUCAGUACGACGUUGGGAGGCAGAACAGGAACAUGAUGCCCAGCGCCAGCUGCGUCUUCCCCGGCUUCAUGCUGCGUAAGCCUUCCUCCGAGACGGACAUCGAGAACUGGGCUUCCAAGCACUUCAACAAGCACACGCAGGGCAUCUUCCGCCGCAAGGUCUCCAUCGCCAACAUGCUAGCCUGGAGUAGCGAGUCCAUCAAGAAGCCCAUGAUAAUGACCGCCGACCGGAGCGUGAAGAAGGAGGCCUGUGAGGUGUUCAAGCUCAUUCAGAUGUACAUGGGUGACCGGCGGACCAAGGCGGAUCAGCUUAAUGUGGCGCUGGAGAUCGCCACGAAGGGCUGGAGCAUGCAGGGUCUGAGGGACGAGCUCUACAUCCAGCUGUGCCGGCAAACGACUGAGAACUUUAGAUAUGAGAGCCUCGCCAGGGGCUGGGAAUUAAUGGCCAUCUGCCUGGCCUUCUUCCCUCCGACUCCCAAAUUCCACUCUUACCUGGAAGGCUACAUCUACAGGCACAUGGAUCCUGUGAAUGACGCUAAAGGUGUUGCUAUUAGCACGUAUGCCAAAUACUGCUACCGGAAGCUACAAAAAUCAGCUCUGACUGGAGCAAAGAAGGGUCUCCGUAAACCAAGUGCAGAUGAGAUCAGACAUGCCACCAAUGCCGUUUUCUGCCCCUCCAUGUUCGGCAGCUCCCUGGAAGAGAUCAUGAACAUGCAGAACGAGCAUUACACAGACCGACAGCUACCGUGGGUGCAAACCCGGCUCUCGGAGGAGGUGCUGAAGCUGAAUGGAGCACAGACUGAGGGCAUCUUCAGGGUCCCUGGUGACAUUGAUGAGGUCAAUGCUCUCAAGCUGCAAGUGGAUCAGUGGGUUAUCCCUCAAGGGCUGACGGAUCCCCACGUACCAGCUUCGUUGUUGAAAUUGUGGUACCGUGAACUGGAGGAUCCACUCAUCCCACACGAAUUUUACGAGCAGUCGAUCACUCACUACGAGAACCCGGAGGCAGCCAUCGCCGUCGUCCACUCCUUGCCCAAGCUCAACCGCCUGGUCCUCGGUUACCUCAUCCGGUUUCUCCAGAUUUUUGCCCAGCCAGCCAACGUCUCUGUUACCAAGAUGGACGCCAACAACCUGGCAAUGGUCAUGGCGCCCAACUGUCUGCGCUGCCAGUCCAACAACCCCAGGAUAAUAUUCGAGAACACUCGGAAAGAAAUGUCCUUCCUGCGAGUGCUGAUUCAACACCUGGACACAAGUUUCAUGGAAGACGUGCUAUAGCGAGGCUAGAUCGCCAGUCGAAGCAGAAGAGAUAUCAUCAACAAACUUGGGCCAUGGUUUCUUACCGCUAAGAGGGACCUGCCUGGCCCAGGACCACAGCUGCCUGCUUCCCUUGUUCAGGUCCGCUGCACAGCCGCCGAUUCUGGGCGUGAACACACAGAGUGUACCAAAGGAAUGAGGGUGGCAAUUGGGAGACCCUGUUUUCUCUCCCACUGAGAUGCAGCAUUGCCAGAUGGUUUGCCCCCUCGGAGGACACAGUCCUAAUGGAGGCCAAUAGGAUUAGUAGGUCAGCACAGGUAAUGUGGGCCGAAUGGCCUGUUUCUGUGCUGUACAACUCUGUGACCCUUGUCUUUUAAUGUAUAAAACAAGUAUAACAUCUCCUCACAGAAUAAUCGUGUAAAGAAAAUGAAGGUUUCUCAUUCCACGGGAAAGCACAUGAACAAUUACCUGCAUGUAAGGGGAUUUUUUAAGGAGAUUCUGAUUAUACAGUACAUGUACCUUUGUAAAUGUUUUGUUGUUUAAUUUCACUGUAAAGUUUCUCCAAUUUUAUAUGUUGACUUUGAAGAAUUGAAAUUUAUUAUUUAUUAAGACGGAUGUCAGCAGAAAUACAGAGGGGUUGGCGAGGAAAUAUUGGAUCUGCACCUGCUCCCAAGUUGAUGGUGGACAGGGAUGUCCAGGCACAGUGCUUGACCUUCGAGCUCAGGCUGGAGAGGGCUGACGGGGUUUAAAGCAAUGUGUUGUGUCGGCCUGACUCUGUAAUUAGAACACAUGGAAAUGUAGAGGCUCCAUGUUGUGUGAAUAAUGAAUAAACAAGUUAAG